GUUCCACCUGUGUCCCUCCUUCAGUGCUGGUUCAUUCUCUCUUGCUCAUCCUUUGAAGUUUGCUGUGUCGGCUUCCACGCCUUUUUGUUUUUUUCCUCGGGAGGGAUUUCCUGCUCCGUGAGGAUUCUUGCUGGAUCUGGCCGACAGGAGGGGAAAAAAAAGGGAGUGGACGGCGAGGAAGUGCCCGAGCGAGGAGGAGGAGGAGAACGGGCGUUGGCCCAAGCGGAGGACCUGGGAGUGACCCUUCAGCCCAUCAGCUCGUCUAGCCAGGAGCAGGUCAGAGGCGCCCGAGGAAGGAGAUUGUCCCCUUUUCGUCAGGUCAUGGAAGGACGCACCUUUAAAAGCCAGCGAGACCAUGGAGAGGAUCCACGUGGUUCUGCAGGUGCACACUUCCAGGAGCUCUGAGAUGGCGAGCAGGUGUGGCGACGCUCAGUACAUGAAGAGCCGAACGAGGACCGACAUAAGGAUGCUGUAAUCUUCCAGCAAGAGUUGUUUGUGCGGGAGAAAAAAAACAAUACGCUCGCAGUUAGAAUGGAAAAUUUGGCGAGAGAAAAAGAGUUGCCGGAUGAACUUGUUUGCUUUCGAGCUGAGACGAGGCCCUCCGGAAAGGAAGACGAGGGAGUGGAAGGACAGGCCGAGUAAUCCUCCCCUCCUCAUGGUCAAGUUGGGGAGGCACAUCCAAUUUCUCUCCUCCUUUCAUCUCCUCCUCAUUACACUUUGCUAAUAUACCCCCCCACCCCCUCCCCACUUCCCUUGAAAGCUGCAAAUAGGACAGUCCAGCAGCGGAGGGGUUAAGAGGAGCCCUCCUUGGUGAUUGGCUGGCGUGAGGCAGGAAGGCGGUAACCAGGCAACCUCGGAGAGGGAGAGCACGGCAGAGGAGAGGAGGGAGGAUAGUGAGGAAAAGGCGCUGAAAGAAGACUAGGCAUAGUUUGGAGGGGGGGGAAGGAGACUGUCUUUGGAAAGAAAAAGAGAGUGAGAGAGAGAGAUGUGAGGAAGCGUCUCCUUGGGAUGGACAACUGGAUUAUAAAUGUCCCUGCUCCAACUCUCUGUGGAUGUGUGAAUGAACCAGGGGGACACACACUGGAUUGGAUUGGAUUCUAAGAAAAAAGAAAAAAAAAAUAGAACAAACCUUUUUUUUGUUGUUGUUGUUGGUGUUUUUUUGAACUGAACAUGGGAAGUAAGUGUGCUGAUUUUUGCCUGCAAGGUGCAAAGCUGUGUGUGUGUGCUACCUGGAUGUGGCGUCAGGGCUGAAGCAGCAGUGGCCCCUCCCUCUCCCAUGAGCCACUGUGCCCGGACUCGCACGCACGCACCCGCCACCGCCGCCGCGCCGUCAGCCCGCCAGGAGCCCAGCGGAGGCCGGUCCAGCCCAGUGGGAGCCUGAGGAUGUCCGCGGAGACGGAGCUCCAGCCGCCGCUCAGCAGGCCCGGCAGCCUCAGGCGGGACGCCAAGAGGAGAGGGCAGGAUCGCAGUGAGGCGACUCUCAUCAGACGUUUUAAGGGCGAUGGCGUUCGCUACAAGGCCAAGCUUAUCGGCCUGGACGAGGUCAGUGCGGCCCGCGGAGACAAACUCUGUCAGGAUUCCAUGAUGAAGCUCAAGGGUGUCGCAGCAGCAGCUCGCUCCAAAGGAGAACACAAGAAGAAGGUUUUCCUGACUGUUUCCUUCGGAGGCAUCAAGAUCUUUGACGAGAAGUCAGGGGUCCUGCAACACCACCAUGCGGUCCACGAGAUCUCCUACAUCGCCAAGGACAUCACAGACCACAGAGCCUUCGGCUACGUUUGCGGCAAGGAAGGCCACCAUCGCUUUGUGGCCAUCAAGACCGCGCAAUCGGCGGAACCUGUGAUUCUGGACCUGCGGGACUUGUUCCAGCUCAUCUACGAGAUAAAGCAGAGGGAGGAAAUGGAGAAGAAGGCCCAGAAGGACAAACAGUGCGAGCAGGCCGUCUACCAGACCAUACUGGAGGAAGAUCUGGAGGACCCGGUCUACCAGUACAUUGUGUUUGAGGCCGGACACGAGCCCAUCCGCGACCAAUCGGAAGAGAGCAUUUAUCAGGUUCCCACCAGUCAACAGAAGGAAGGGGUCUAUGACGUCCCAAAGCGACACCCAAACGGGCAUCCAAACACCCACCACCCCCACCAACAUCAUCAUCACCAUCAUCUUCAUAGUCAUCUACAACCCCCGCAGCCGGGACUCGGUGAACAUCCGGAUCAGCAUCACGAGGUCGAUCUGAUAGACUUAGGCCUGGAUAUGAAUUCUCAGAACAUCAACCAAUUAGAGCUUUUCGGAGACAUGUCGACGCCUCCUGACAUAACCUCUCCGUCGACCCCGGCCUCCCCUGCUAACACCCUUGAUCCGUCGCUAAGCCUGCAGCCUCCCACGGAACUCUUUUCUCCCUUCAAUCCUGCGUCCGUGCCCUCAGGUUACGUGACGAUGGGAGCGGUCCCCUCCGGACACUGGUCCCAGCAGGCCUUCGCCACCCAGACGCCGCUGGCCUUCGGCGUGCAGUCCCCUCUGGGUCCGGUGGCGCAGGUGCUGCCCGGCGGACAGCCGCUCAUCUGGGGCCAGGCCAACCUCUUCCCCGCCACGCAGCAGCAGUGGGCGGCCAUGGCGGCCGGCGCCUUCCCCCAAGCGGCCUACCUCCCCGCCCAACCUGUGGGCACUCUGCCGGCCGCCAUGUUCCAGGCUCUCACCCCCGUCUCCGCCGUGACGCCGGCCGGCGAAACCCAGUCAGGUGCAGGCGCUACGGGUCCGGCCGCCUCCGCGUCGUCGAGUCCGCAGCACGGGGAGCAGGCGAAAAAGAUGAGCAAGGAGAUGUUCAAGGACUUUCAGUUGGCCAAGCCGCCAGCGAUGCCGUCAAAGAAGGGCGAGCAGCCCGGCUUAACGGGUACCUCAGAGGCAUUCAGCACUUACUUCAGCCGCGUCGGCACUGCCCAGGACACGGACGACUGCGACGACUUCGACAUCUCGCAGAUGAACCUGACGCCGGUCACUUCCACGACGCCGUCCACCAACUCGCCCCCCACCCCUGCGCCCCGCCAGUGCUCGCCCUCCAAAUCGUCCGCCUCGCACGUCAGCGACCCCCCCACGGACGCUACAGACCCCCCCACGGACGACUCGUUCGGGGAAGCCGAGGGCAGCCCGAGCCGGAGCGGAGAGGAAGACGCUGUUUGUGGUUCUGGGUCGCCCUGCCCCAGUGAGCCUACAGGGCCCGGCCCAGAACAGGCCAGUCCGGAGGCUGGGAGCUAGAUAGCAGCAGGGCAGGAAGGUGAAGGACCCUCUCUACGCCAAGAUCAACAAAGGGAAGAAAUAAAGACACACAGGAAGUCGGCCGGACCAGCACUGACAAGACUGGAGGAGGAGCUUCAUUUCUUCGUGUGUGUGUGUGUGCGUAUGUGUGUGUGUGUGCGCAUAUGUGUGUGUGUGUGUGUGUCCCAUCAAGAGCCUCCUCUCCCAGUG